GAGCAUGCGCACUGUGUAACCCGGAAGUGGUGGUGCAGCCAGUAAACAAGCCUCAGCUCCUUGGAGGGACAGAGGAGAGCCGAGAAGAUGUCAAAGAUCGAGAUGCUGCGGCUGCUGAUCACGCAGCGGCUCACCGAGGCCGCCGAGGAGAUCUUCUCCGUGUUCGGGAGGACCAUCGCCGAGUACGAGGAGGAGAUCUCCCGCUCCAAGCUGGAGAUAGACCGCCAGAGGAGGCUGCUGGAGCUCCGCCGGCAGCCGCUCGUCUCCCUGCAGGGCGGCGGCCCAGCGCUCUGUGAGCAGCAGGACUGGAGCUCCGGACUGAACGAGCUGAAGCCUCCGUCCAUCAAAGAGGAGGACGGGGGCGAGGAGGACGAGGAAGAGGAGGAGGAGGAGCUGUGGUCGACUCAGCAGGAGGAGGAGGAGGAGGCGGAGCACAACGACAUCAAGUUCCUGCUGUUCCGACGAGGCGGAGUCCGCCACGAGCAGGACGAGGACCACAUGACCUGCCAGGACCUGGAGGACUCGGAGCUGGACGUCCAGCCCGGCCCGUCCCUGCAGCCGCCGGGCUCUGACCCGGACGAGGACGUCUCGGAGGCUCCGGGGAACGGGCGCCUGGACGGCGCGGAGCUGGAGGCGGCGCUGUCCGAGGUGGUGGACUCGUACAUCUGCACCAUCUGCGGCCGGGCGUUCGCUCAGCGCGCGCACUGGGCCAAACACGUCCAGGUGCACCGCAAGGUGGACAACAAGACGGACAAGUCCUUCACCUGCGACAUCUGCGGGAAGAGACUGACGCGCUACGACGGGUACCAGAAACACCUGAGGAUUCACACGGGGGAGAAACCGUACAGCUGCGCCGAGUGCGGGCGCAGAUUCAGCGACAACUCCAACUACAAACGGCACAUACGCACUCACGUGGGACAGAAACCGCUGCAGGGACCGCUGCAGGGACAGCUGAGGACAGGGACGGACUCCUGAGGACCGGGACUGACUCCUGAGGACAGGGACGGACUCCUGAGGACCGGGACGGACUCCUGAGGACCGGGACGGAUUCCUGAGGACCGGGACGGACUCCUGAGGACCGGGACGGACUCCUUAGGACCGGGACAGACUUCUGAGGACCGGGACGGACUCCUUAGGACCGGGACAGA